CUCGUCCGUUUCCCGACUUAGAAGCGAAGCAGCGACCGUUCUCUUCGGCCACGUGCUUCUCGCUCCAUUUCCUUCGUUCUCUUCUUCGCUUCGAAAGUCGCUGUGUGAAUCGUCGAGCGAUACCGGAGAAAUCGGUAGCGAAACACCGAGAUCGACCGCGAAAGGAAAGCGAAGAGCCGGCAGCGAUGGACGGUAGCGGCGGUUCGAAGCAGAGGUCGUUCGAUACGAUCGAUUGUGUGGUGUUUGCCGGAAUGUUGGCGGUCUCGGUUAUCAUCGGCGUAUAUCAGGCGUACAAGUCGCGAAAGAACGAGGACGCGGUUCGCGAGUACUUGGUGGGCGGGCAAAACAUGUCCAUCUUCCCCAUAACGAUGUCGCUGAUAGCCAGCUACAUAUCGGGAAUAACGAUCCUCGGUCUACCAGCCGAGAUGUACGUCUACGGAACGCAGUACUGGUGCGUGGUGAUCGCCGAUUUGUUCGUCUCGCUUACGAUGACCAUGGUCUAUCUACCGGUGUUUUACGGUCUCGGCAUCACUUCGUCUUACGAGUAUCUCAAGCUGAGGUUCAACGGCGCCGUUCGACUCAUGGGUUCCGUCAUGUUUGUCAUAAAAAUGUUGCUGUAUAUCCCCCUCGUGAUAUACGUUCCCGCGGUGGCGUUCAAUCAAGUCACUGGAAUAAACCUGCACGCGAUCGCGGUCCUAGUCUGCGUUGUUUGCAUAUUUUAUACCACUUUGGGUGGCUUGAAAGCGGUUGUUUGGACCGACGCGAUUCAGACGAUCGUCAUGUUUGGCGGAGUGAUAGCGAUCGCGAUAAUCGGUACGAACCAAGUAGGCGGAUUCGAACAAGUUUGGAGGAGAAAUCGCGACACCGACCGAAUCGAAUUUUUCGAUAUGGACUUUGAUCCAACGACGAGACACACCUUCUGGACCGUCGUGGUCGGCAACUACUUCAACUGGUUGGCCAGCUGUUCCGUGAAUCAAUCGAUGGUGCAACGAUGCUUGGCCAUGUCCAACUUGAAGAGGGCCAACGCAACGAUCGCGAUCAUGGCGAUCGGUAUAAUCAGCAUCGUUUCGCUCAGCUGCUACACCGGCAUCGUCAUCUUUGCGGCGUUCUACGAUUGCGACCCUAUCAAGACCAAGCGAAUAAAAAAAUCGGACCAACUCCUACCGUUUUUCGUGAUGGAGAUGACCGAGUCGAUUCCAGGACUGCCUGGACUAUUCGUCGCGGGGGUGUUUAGCGCGGCGCUCAGCACCAUGUCAACCGGAUUGAACUCCAUGUCUGGCGUCAUCUACGAGGACAUGAUAAAACCGUGGCUGCGAAUAUCUCUGUCGGAAGUGGCGGCCAGUCGAGUGAUGAAGCUGACGGUGCUGUUGAUGGGGACCAUUUGCGUGACGCUCGUUUACCUCGUGGAGAAACUCAGCGGACUGAUUCAGGCUGGCAAAAGCUUGUCGGGGAUCACAGCGGGACCGUUGCUCGGAGUCUUUACGCUGGGCAUGUUUUUCCCGCUCGCAAAUUCCACGGGAGCGUUGGUCGGCGGGUUCGUUAGUUUGAACUUGAUCGCUUGGAUCUCGUUCGGCACUCAGGCAGCCAUAUCCAGCGGAAAUAUUCGUUUCCCGACCAAGCCAGUGUCCAUCGACGGAUGUCCGGAAUCGCUCAAGAGUCAGGUUACCAAUUUUACGCUGAUCGUCGAAACCGCGAUCAAGGAACCGCCCUUCUUCCUCUACAGAAUAUCGUAUCUUUGGUACACGUGGCUCGGCUGUGUAACGGCGAUAGUCGUCGGACUACUCGUCUCGUGGAUCACCGGGCCGAACAAACGCACGCCGGGCGACGAGAAGCUCUACACGCCCGUUAUUCACGGUCUGUUGCGCGAUUCGGUCGCGAUCGCCGCCAAACGGCAACAGGAGGACGUGGUCACGGAACUCGAGAAAAUGGACGGAAGCUGUCGCGCGACCACAGCUUGAAGCAGCGUUCGAUGAAACGGGUAUCCUCGGCUGCAGGAACCGUUACGACUUUCGCAAUUAAAAAACAGACAAAAUAAACGCAAAAUAGAAAUGUACAG